AUGAUGUCACCUAGGCUGCGUGCACUGCAGGCAUCUAUGGAAGAAUCUCGAAACACCAGUCCUAAGAAAAACUCCAUCUCGUAUGGUUGCUUCAACUCGCAACCUCAUCUGAAAGGUCAUUUUUAUUCGGCCAAUCAGCUCUUUGCGCGGGGCGUCUGGAUUGGCUACCUGGCUCCGGACAGGCAAACCCAAUCAUUCCGAGGGCUACCCUCCUUCCACGACUUGAAGGCCAAUUACAAGAAGUUCAACCCUCCACACCCUCCUAUAGUAUCAGGGAGUCCUAGGGAGAAUCGCAACGCUGUCUGCCGCGGCUGUGCUAGGGAAGACUCAGCUGUUAUUGCCUUCAGUGAAGUGCAGUUCGGACCGAAGGUUAAGGUCGUUAUUAUGCCGCUCGAUGGCGACGACGACGCUGGGGUUUUUGCCAUCAUGCUACCUCAGACGAGUGAUAGGUCUUUACUGGGUCUUCAAGCCUAUCGCCCCUACGAGAUUAGUGGAGGUGGUUUGGGAGACAAGUUUACCAACAAUUUCAUGAUGCUCACACUUCGAAAUCCUGACAGCGAUGCUGGCACAUUAGAGACUGUGCUCUCGGUGUUGUCUCCGCAAGAGCGAGCUGACAUCGCCUCGAAGUUCAGGGGACUACCGGAACCAAGACAGCGUCUCUCUUCUACCCCCAAGCUAUCGAAAUCUACUGAUCAAGAUGCUGCACAUCCAGCAUCGAAUGCCGCACCCUCAGCAUCGAACGCCAUGGCAAAGGUCGAUGACGAUGAAAGCGAUGCUCAUACUAAGCAACCCGCCGCGAGGAAGCGGCGAAAGCUUAGCGAAAAUAAGACGCAGAUGUCGGACGCGAUCGACGUUGUGCCCAAGGAUAGCAAUACAUGCCCUUCACAGUUGCAACCACAACAACAACCGCCACUACAACAACAACCGACACCACAACCUGUACCUGAGCCACAGCCAGAGCCGGAACCUCAACCCCAACUCCAGCCACAGAUACAUACACAGACUCAACGAACGUCAGAAACACCUGUCGACGAUGUCAAACAGCAUGCUCCAACGCCCGCGGAUACAUUCAAACCUCCGCCUCAAGUCAUCAAGCGCACAAACUCGACCAGCAUCAUCUCUCUUGAUUUGACCGACGAACAAGCCGAGCGCGUGUAUUUCAUUUGGUCGGUCGACGAUGAAGGCAUGGAAAUGGAGUUUUAUCAUACGCUACGCGAAUGCAAGUCUUUCGGUGGCCUGCUCGGCCUGCUUGAGGAAGAGAGCGAGGACCUACCCUCUGUUGCGAGCAUAUUGGAGAAAACAAAAACCUGGAAACUGACAUACGAUCUUGGUGAUGGUAUCAGCAAAGCGAUCGUAGCCCGCAAAGGCACGGAGACCGCAUUCGAUCGUCUACAGACUACACUUGCUCAAGCGUCUAUCUGGGUAGACAAUCCUCAAGCAAAAGUCGAUAUCGUGCUCAAGUCUUUGAGCCGUCCAAACCCUGCUUGA